CGAAACUUCGGACAAUCAUUUAUGUGUCUCUUUCAUUCUGCCAGUAUCGUUUGUCGCACUUGCACGCAGUUUUCGGUUAGGUGAAAAAUUCAUUUUUUGAAAUAAAAGAAACAAAAAAAAAACGAGCAAAGCAGUGGAGAAAAAAUAGAAUUUUCAGCAAAAAUACGAAUUCUGUCAAUAGCAAAUUCGAGUGUUAACAUAUUUAAAACAUCUGUUUUUACAUUGAUUACGUGGAAUUUCAAACAGAACCGUCAAUUGAAUUGUGUGAAAUUUUUUUUUCAUUAACCGUGCUCGGCAUUAACCGUGUUGGAUCAUAGUCACUUAUUGAUUUUUCGUCAGUAUCGCAGUGUGUGAAGUGUUAAAAUUCCAACGAAAUUCAAUACGAACCACCGAGAAUUUUUAGCGGCUAAUUAAGAUAUUAGUUCGCUUGGAGUUCAAAGACAAUAUUCAAAUAUUGUGCUCAGAUGUCGUGUAAUGGCGUUUUUGCGUUCAGUUACCCGCUGUAAUCAAUCGCUAGCAGUUUCAAGAAAGUUCUCGUCAUCGAUUCAGCGGUCGGGUGUUCAGCGAAAAGGCAAUAUCUUUGCAACGUUGAACAAUGCAACAUUUUCACGGGCUGAGCUACUGGCAUGCCAGAAGUAUUACUUUGAUUUGAGACGCGACAUCAAUACAUCGAGCCAUGAUAACGAGCAAAAAACAUCAAUGUCUACGCUGGCCGCCACCAAAACCCCAUUCUCGUCGGCUGACAGUGCUUCGAACGAUUCAAAGCAACCGCAACGUGAUCCACUAGAUGUUAGCUUCAACGAUCCGAUAGCUGCGUUCAAAAGCAAGACAACAUGGGAAUUGAUUCGCGCCUACUUUGUGUAUUUAAUGUGCUCGUCUGAGUAUCUCGUUGAGAAUAACAUGAAGAUAAUGCGCAUGGUACAAGCAAUAAUAGGUCAACGAUUAUUUGCCGCAAUAAUGAAACAUACAUUCUACGGUCAUUUCGUGGCCGGCGAAGAUCAGUAUAAAAUAAUACCGUGCGUUGAGAGGCUUCGUUCGUUUGGAGUUAAGCCCAUUCUUGACUAUUCGGUUGAAGAGGAUUUAUCACAGGAAGAAGCUGAGCAACGUGAAGUUGAUGCAUCAACAUCUUCAGCAACUGCACCGAGUGAUGCCUCCAAUUUACCGCAGUAUACGGUUGACAAAACCUUUGCCGAUCGACGUUUCAAAGUGAAGAGCGCUCGAACCUACUUCUACUUGAAUGAAGCCACUUGCGAACGAAACAUGGAGAUUUUCAUUAAAUGCUUAGAAGCUGUGUCAGGCGCCACAUUUGGAACGGGAAUUACAGCCAUCAAGCUAACAGCCCUUGGACGACCACAGUUGCUCUUGCAAUUGUCGGAGGUAAUUAUGCAAACGCGUCAGUAUAUGAUGGAUAUGGUCGGCGGCCAUGGUAAUGUGAUGUCGCAUCACAAAACGAUUAAGGAUCUCGAGCAGUAUUAUUCAAAAGUGGGCGAUAAUAAGGAUGUAAAGAAUUUUUUGAAAAAUAUUACAUCAGACAAAGAAGGAAUUUUGCAUUUAUUCCCAUGGUCAGGUAUUGUGAAUGAGGAUAGUCAAUUGUCCGACACGUUCAGAGUGCCGGAUCCAAAGACCGGUCAAAUGCGGCGACUUAUUUCUCAAAUUCCACCCAAUGAAGAGGAAAUGUUCAGGAAUAUGAUUCGCAGAGUCAACACGAUUGUGAAGGCUGCCGAAGAUUUGGAUGUCCGCAUUAUGAUCGAUGCUGAACAAACCUACUUCCAACCGGCCAUAUCGCGUAUCACCUUGGAAAUGAUGCGAAAAUACAACACCAAAAAGGCCAUUGUUUUCAAUACGUAUCAAUGCUACCUGAAAGAGGCAUUCAAUGAGGUUUGCAUGGAUUUGGAGCAAUCGAAACGGCAAAACUUUUAUUUUGGUGCGAAAUUGGUGCGCGGAGCGUACAUGGAACAGGAACGUGAAAGAGCUGCAGCUCUUGGCUACACUGAUCCAAUCAAUCCAAACUACGAAGCAACCACCGAGAUGUAUCACAAAACAUUGACCGAGUGCUUGCGUCGAAUUAAGCUCCUAAAAGACAAGGGCGAAGAUGCCAAGAAAAUCGGCAUUAUGGUGGCCUCACACAAUGAAGACACGGUGCGGUUUGCCAUCGAAAAAAUGAAGGAAAUCGGCAUAUCACCGGAAGACAAAGUCAUUUGCUUCGGUCAAUUGCUUGGAAUGUGUGACUACAUCACAAUGCCACUUGGUCAAGCUGGUUAUUCUGCAUACAAGUACAUCCCAUAUGGUCCUGUUCACGAAGUUCUACCGUAUUUAUCACGACGUGCUCAAGAAAACAAAGGCGUUCUGAAGAAGAUUCAGAAAGAGAAACGACUUUUACGUUCGGAGAUCACGCGUCGACUUUUCAAGGGUGAAUUAUUCUACAAGCCAAACGGCAAAUACGUACCGAUCUAAGCGCGCGCACACAUACAUUCUCUCAUAUUGUUCCUCCAUCCAUCACAAUAUUCAUAAGCAAUGUAAUCGGAACUGAGACAAAUCUUCGCGCAACGGCACACAACAAGCACAUACAAACACACACCAACCAACCAAAACUACGAAAUGUACUCAAUUAACUAUUGAAACUAAGAAGAAAAAAAAAACAAAUUUUAAAUGUUUUGAGAAAUUUAUAAAAAAAAAACCAACAAUUGCAACACACAUUAAAAGUUCGUUGAAGAUUUUAAAAUGCGACGACAAGAGAAGAAGAGUAUAGUUGAGAAAAGAGCAAAACGGCCGAUAAAAUUGCUAUUUUAGAAUCUCUUUUAGCGCAUUUCGCAAACGACGAAAAAUUGGAAUCGCCCGUUAAAUUUUCAACUCUGUUUUCUUGAAAAUGGCGCAUAUCGUUGGCUGAAAAAAGAUUUUCAACAACAUAUUGGAAUGUGUAUCUCGUUUGUUUUUAGUGAACGAAAAAAAAGAACGAAAAAUCAAGAUGUUAUUCCUUUUCAAUUAUUAUUUUAAUAUUUCAAGUAUUUAUAACAUAAUUUUACGGUAUGUGAUUUUAUUUAAUUUUCGAUUUAAGUGGAAACAAACAAAUAGCAACAAAUUCUGUCCAGCGAAUUUGUUCUUUCACAAUAUUGUUCUCCUCGGUUCUCACAAACGAAAGAAGAAGAAAAAAAAACCGUACUUAAAUUUAAUUUAUUCGAUUUGCAUUGAUAAUUUUCGUGAUCGCGCGAUUCGCACAGCCAGAUAGGAAUUCAUUACAACAAAACCAAAAUUACAUUGAAUGUUUUAUGUCCAUGUUAAAAAAACAAGAAACAAGAAAAUGAAAACAAAUUGCAAUUUAUAACGAUUAUACUAGUUGUGAUGUCAUGAUCAAAAUGAAAAAAAAUUUGACUGUACAUUGACUUGAUUGAAAUAUAUGAACUGUUAAAGUGAGGUAAAACAUUCGAAUUGUUCAAUGACACAACAGAUGGUUUACAAUCAAUAUAUUACUGUGGCCUGUUCCCAAGGGAAGAGGAGAAAAACAAAAAACAAAAUAAAAUUCUCGAAUUUGUUUAUCGACAAACAAAUAUCAAUGAGUGUCUGUGCUUUUUUGUCGCUUUGUACAGGUCAAUUUAUGUAAUCGUAAAAUUGCAGAAUUCUGAUUUAGCCAUGCGUUUGAGAGUUGAAUUUGUUAAACAAACAAAAAAUAAUACAAAGUGCGUUCAACAUGUUCUAUUACGAUUUAACCAUUCUAAAUGUAUUUUCGUUGAAAUGAGUGAUCAUGCAGUUUCGAGUAUUAUUAGCUGAAAGAAUAUUCAAACAAAAUCUUUUUGAAAUCAAAUAGUCCAUAUUCGUAAUUGUAAAAGAGUAAAACAACAAAAAAAACACAUACACGCAACACAAGCACACAGUAAAGUAUCUAGACAGAAAUUUGACUUUCGGAUUCGUAUAGUGUAGGUUCUACACGCAAUCGGUGCAAGGAACGUUGUGAUCCUCGUUGUAAUGACCGGAACGAAGCAAUCGAAAUUUGCAAAAGUCACCACAUCCACAGAAGACGAUAACAAAAUAUCUUGAUAUAAAAAGACAUCUUAGAACUGUAAUCUGAAGAUUAGCUAAAGUUGAAUGACAAUAAAUUAUUAUGUAACAAUA